AUAGGCAGCCUGCAACGAGAAUAACGGGCUGCAUUUUGCAGGACGGCGUGCGAGGGCGAAGGCGGAGGAGAACAUGAUAGAUAUGUUUGUCCGUAGGCGGUCGUUCUGGAAGGAGAGAUGUGCACGAGGCCGGGACCCCGGACAGCGCGGGUCGUCGCGAGGCGGCAAGGCGCGCAAGCGAGGCUGAAAGAUAUCCGGGAUUCCCUCUUCACUCUUCUCCUCCAGCCUCAACAUCUCCCCCAACGUCGCCCGUGCCCAUGCGUCCCUAGCCCGUAUCCAACAGUCUCCCUGCGCCUCCUUUUCUUUUUCUCUCUUCUCUACACCGUCCUCGUCGUCCUCGUCGUCGCUCCCGUCGUCGCCCUCAUCAUCGAAUCCUGCCCCCCCACCGUUGCUCGUAUGUCCGACAACGGCUCCUCUCGCAGGCAGCUCCCGACCCCCCUCGUAUUCACCCCAGAAUCUGUCCUUCCCCCUCCCAUCCAGCCCUCAAACUCCUCCGCAUCCCAGUACAACUCCGGCUACGGCUCAAGCUCAGGCUCAAACACCGUUUCUAUGCCCUUCGUCCGGCGCCAUGUCACAAGACGGCUCAGGGCUGCAAAGCAGGAGUGCGACAAGGAGCUCCAGCGUGUCACAAACACAAUCACCGCCUUCUUCGAAGAGAGGCUCCGGCUAGGUGAGCAGGAGGCCGCCCUCGAGCGCGAGCAGCGCGAACGCGAGCGUGAUCGCGAACGGGAUCGUGAAUGUCCCCCCCAGGACCAGGAUGCUCUCCGCGAGGCCUUCGUGCUUCACCAGGAUCAACUCAGGUCGGCCGUCCAGUCAGACGAUGCGAGCUCAGACGGUGGCUAUGAGGCAGAGUAUGAAGGUCACCACAGCCGUCAACGUGCGUCCCUCGAAGAAAAUCAGAGGCCACCUCUUCUCACACAUUGGUCUUCGUCCCCUGGUCUUCUUGCAGCUUCCACUUCUUCCUCCAGCCCAGCCCCCCUCCGUAGGCAGACCACCAUCUCGUGGGAUAAACCCCCCACGACGGGCGCCUCGUCUGCUAACGGUACUAGCACCGGCAACUCCAGUCCUGCUCCAGCGCCCUCGCACACCCCCGAGCUCAGCACCAGCCCACGCAAGCAGAACGUGCCCAUCGCUACUUCGUCAUGGAGCUCAGGUGGAAUCGCCAGCCGCAGAUUGUCUCGCUCAAUACACAUCCCUAUCCGCCCCUCACGUUCCGGUCAGAGCUCCCGAUCCACCUCUCGUUCUCGAUCACCUCUCCCCCCAAGCAACCACACUAGCUUCGCCGAGUCCCUCACCAACGGAUACAACACCGCCAACAGUAACAACAACGGUAAUAAUAGUAGGGAUAACCGCCGAUCGUCCCGUAUCCUCAUCGACGACCCCGUCGACCCCAUCAUGACCAACCUCUACGAGCUCAUAUCCGUCGCCACCGACGUCUCCGAGAUGUCGGUGGCUCACCUCACCGCGAAUCCCAAAACGAUAGAGACUAUCGUCCAGCGCGUACAGAAGAUCGGCCGUGCAUGGGAUGACCACCCGGACUGGCACGGCCGAAACUGGUACGUCCAGGUCCUGCUCGCCGUCGCUAGUCUCAGUCGUGUGCUCGAGUGGUGGGAGGCGGAGAAACAGUUUUGGAAUUUCGACGAUAACGACGACGAGCAGGAAGAGGCCCUUCUCUUCGUCACCAAGCCGGCGGACGAACCUGUCCCUGCCCCUGCGCCCACACCGAGGCUGUCCGUGGAGGAUGACGGUCGCUUGCGAAUGUCCAGAACGACGAGCGUGGGCAAGAGGUCGAGGGACGAGGCGGCUAGUCUUAGGGAUUCGACGUUGAUGCCACCACCGCCUGAUCCUUCUCGGGCAGGUUCGAUCAAAACCCUCGACACUGCGGAGUCUGCUAGGGUGCUGGCAACCGAACGUCUGCGUCUCCAGGCGGAGACUGCACAAAGUCGGAAUAUUGUCCUCGAGCUCAACCUCGAUGGCGACCACAUAUUGUGGGUGAACUAUGCGUGGAAUGUUGUCGUCGGCACGGAUUGCGAAGAGAUCCCAGGGACCCGAAUAUCCCAGUUGCUCGCUCCACAAGACGUACAUGUGUUCCAGGAAGCGAAUGCGCAUCUUCAGGAAGACGACUCUCACACAGUCGAAGUCAAGUUUCGUCUUCAGAUUGAACCUGACGAUGAGCGUGAUGUCUCGUCGCCUCCCCUGUAUCAGCUCAUGGACGGUAAAGGCAUGGUCAUGAUUGAUCGCGAAGACGGCAUGCCUACGCACACGAUGUGGUCCAUCAAGCCUAUCUCUGCGCCAGAACGACUACCUUCACCUUCCAUCCAUGUCGAAGGGGACGAAGAAACAGCCGACCCCGCCGAGGACGAACUCACCCCCGACGAACGCCAGGAUGCGGAAGAACCCUCGACACCUCUUCCCCUCGUCCGCCCCAUCAACCUGACCCCCAUCCUCUGCCGUAUCUGCGAGAAUUACGUCGCCCAGUGGUACUUUGAGAAGCACAACGAGACGUGCAGUGAGACGCACAGACUUGAGGCCGAGAUUGGGGAGUGCAAUGAGUCGAUCGGAGAGCUGAGGAAUACCAUCCGUGAUCUGACGGCCGCUAUCGACCGUUCUUCGCCGGUGACGACCCCCGAGUAUCGUGGCAUGCCGAUCUUCUCGCCUUCGAGUUCUCCCGGGUCGUCUUCUCCGCUUCAACUCUUCCGUCUCAACAAGAUGCAGCGGUUCGGUGUGAAGAAGCUCCAGCGUCGAAUUCUGGAGCAGUUGGAGGAUAUUCUGCAAGUCGCCGUCGAGAUCUCCGUGCCGACGUUGAAGGAGGAAGAGUCGAAGGAGCCUAUCGAGCGUCAGCGGCUUCUUUCGCCUGGGUCUGAGCGGAAGAUCACUCAGGUUCGAAAUUGGUCGAAACCUGCGUCGACGCAGGAUGCGGCUCUGAACCAGGUCGUGCAGGAUGCGGAGCGGGUGAUGAGGCAGAAGAUCGAUACCGUUGUGCGGCUGCAGAAUACCAUUCGAUACUCGGAGAAGGUGAGGCAAGAGUGGGAGGAGAGGGUCGAGCAAGCGCUUGCGCAGUAUCGCGAUGAUGGCGAGGAGGGUGACGGUGCGAGCGAUCAUGAGGGUGAUGCGAGCGGAGACGAUGAUCAUUCGAGUACGACUUCGGAGUACGCUUUCGCUGGGAGCGGCCAGUCUUCAGAUCCUACGCCUAUGCCUUCGGCGUCUCCAGUUCCUACCGCUGCUUCAGCUUCAGAGACUGGUGAUCCAGUCACACUCGCUCCACAGCCGUACGUUCCUCCAACCACUUACCAAUGGCAAACCCGCUCCUCCACGCCUUCGUCCGUCUCUUCUCCACUUGCGCUUGCGCAACCUAUUCUGGCAUCUCCUGGACCGGAGGGGCAUCCGCCUCCGAUGAGCCUCGACGAGGGCAGCCAGAGAGUUGUCCGUGGUGGUGAAUCGUUACAGAACCUCGAUCCCAGAAUGGUCGUCACGCCUCCACUCUCCCCCUUGGUCACCCCUCUCGACGUCCCCGCAUCUCGUCGUUCACACCGACGACACUCCACAGCCGCCAAUCCUAUCCUCAGCCCCACCGCCGCAAUGACCGGUUCCAUUGCACCUGGUCCACUCUCUCCACGCAUGCCUUCAGCAGCACCUGCGUCACGAACGGCACCGACGUCCAUCAAAGACUUUGAGAUCAUCAAGCCUAUCAGCAAGGGUGCUUUCGGCUCCGUGUUCUUAGCGCGCAAGAAGGCGACGGGCGAUUACUAUGCUAUCAAGGUGCUCAAGAAGGCGGACAUGAUCGCGAAGAAUCAGAUCACGAACGUCAAGGCGGAGAGGAUGAUCCUGAUGAAGCAGGCAGAGUCGCCGUUCGUCGCGAAGCUGUUCUUCACGUUCCAGAGCAAGGAUAACCUGUAUCUCGUUAUGGAGUACCUGAACGGGGGCGAUUGCGCGGCGCUGAUUAAGAGUUUGGGGGCUCUGCCGGAGGAGUGGACGAAGAAUUAUAUCGCGGAGGUCGUGCUUGGGUUGGAGUAUUUGCAUCAGCGGGGGAUCGUCCAUCGUGAUCUCAAACCUGACAAUUUGCUAAUCGACCAACACGGUCACUUGAAGCUCACAGAUUUCGGUCUGAGCAGGAUAGGUUUGUUGGGUCGUCAGACCCGUGAAGGUCCUGUGCUUCCUACGGCCGAGAGGGGCGUGCAGCGCGGGCACACGCGGUACAGUCCUCACUCGCGGCCGCCCUCUAUGGACUCAGCGUACUUGUCCUCGCCUUUGAUUCCCUCCGACCUGAUCAGUGGAGGUUCGUACUUCAAUAAUCCACACCCAUCGCCAGUCCCAGCUUCUUCAGUGUCAGUGUACCCCGGUAGGCAAGGGACACCCUCAUACCUAUCAUCCACAGACGACAUCAGCAUCGGCGAAUCGAGCGGCGGCUCCGACUCGUUCCAGGCCAUCUCGAUGCUCUCGAGACGCAAUGUGAACGGGAACGGGCAAGGGGGCAUGAACGACAGUCCGCUGCAGAGUUUCGCGACGGAGUUGACGGCGGAUUUGAGGAGCCAUUAUUCGACGCCGGGGAGCGGGACGCCGCCUGGGGAUCAGAAGUUUGUGGGCACGCCCGAUUAUCUCGCCCCAGAGACUAUUCUGGGUUUGAGAGGUGACGAUGCUGCCGUCGAUUGGUGGGCUCUUGGUGUGAUCACCUAUGAGUUCCUGUAUGGUGUUCCUCCUUUCCACGACGAGACCCCCGAGAAGGUGUUCGAGAACGUUCUCUCCGGCCAUAUCGACUGGAUGGAGGAAUACGUGGACUACUCUCACGAGGCUCGGGAUUUUAUGGAGCGACUCCUCACACUUGACCCCGCUAGGCGACUUGGAGCUAAUGGUGCCGACGAGGUGAAGAACCACCCCUUCUUUGCCGGCAUCGAAUGGGACAAGGUGACCACGACCGAAGCGGCGUUCAUCCCUCAAGUGACCGACCCAGAAUCGACGGACUACUUCGAUCCCCGUGGGGCCAUCAUCCAAUUGUUCGACGACGAUGACGCGCUACAGGCUGCCGAACCAGGUCAUACGGGCGGUCUCGACGUCCUGCAUACCGAUGCCGUGCCCGUACCAGGCGGCAGCAACAACGGCAGAGGCGGUCGCGAGGCGGGCACGCCCGCGGACGACGACUUUGGGACGUUCAGUUUCAAGAACCUGCCGGUGCUGAAACAGGCCAACGACGACGUGAUCCGCAAGCUGAGGACAGACCAGAUGGCGCCCAUCACGCAUACGCUCUCGGACCCCGCUGCGAGCUCGCACACGCGCAAGAGGAGUGUGUCGACGCGGAACAAGAAGGCGCCUUCGAACGUUGUGACGACGUUCGACGGGAAACCGAUCACGAACCCUCCGUCGCCCGCGACGUCGACUUCGUCCAUCGCGUCUUCGCCUUCGAGGGGCAGUAUCCCGCCUUCGACGCCGGGGAGCGCGAACGGUGGUGCCCAUGCGCAUGCGAGGAAACCGUCGGAGUAUGGCGCCGUGGAGAGGUUCAAACUGAAUCAUAUGGACGCGGACGGGAACAGGCGGAAUUCGAUGCCGAGUAGGCUCAGGACGGCGUCGGUGUCUUCGAGCAUGGGUGAGUCGGAUAUGUCGGUGUGGCCGCCGUCGUCGAUGUCGAUGGGCAAUGCGUCGACGUCGACGCAGUAUGGGGACACUGGUGCGAGCACGCCGCCAUCGUCGGUGGCGAGCGUGGAUCUGAAGAGGUGUCCGGAUCCGAACGAUCGGUCGGUGACUUGUCUGUUGGCUGAGGAUAAUCCGAUUACGGCGAAGAUUAUCGAGACUUUGCUUUCGAGGUUGGGGUGUCGUUGCGUUGUUGUGGCGGAUGGGAGUGAGGCGAUCAGUGUGGCGAUGGGUGAUAUCAAAUUCGACUGCAUCCUUAUGGAUCUGCAUAUGCCCGUCGUGGAUGGCGAGAGCGCGGCUCGGUACAUCAAAAGCACGAACAACAAGAACACGAGCACGCCCAUCAUCGCGGUCAGUGCGUACAGCGGGACGGAUAACAACGACGCGAGCAACCUGUUCGCGGCAUCGCUCUCGAAGCCGCUCCAGAAGGCAAACUUGCUGUCCGUGAUGAGGCAGCUCGGUUUCAAGACUUCGACGGCAGCAGAGUCCGCGCAUGCGUCGCAUGGUGGCACUGCGAAAGCUAUCACCGUUCGAUGACACGUUUUAUGAGUUAUGACUUUCUUUUUCUCUCAGUUUUUCUCGUCUCUCGUCUCUCUUCUCUCUCCUUUGGCUUGGUGUUUCCGUCUCGAUUUCCACAUCGCUCUGCUUUCUUUCGGUUUCCUCAUCUUUUAUUUCUUCUCGCUCAUACACAUUGUCAACUCUUCACGCUCUGCAUCUUUCCAAACAAUCACAGUUUUCACAUCUCUCAGUCUCUCCGGCUCUCGUCACACUAUGGUCCACGUUUUAGUCACUGCAUUCUUUUUCCCUUCCCAUCAACUCUUGGUCAAGCCCCACAUCACAUCCAUAUUGCCUGCAGGAUCGGCCCCAUCUAUCCUCCGACCGGUACCCUGCCUUCGCCUUCGCCUGCAUACAUAAUCCCUUGAUCCUCCCGUUCUAGCAACCGAACCUCCCGUCUUCCCCCUCGCUCUCCAACAGCCACGCGUCCAGAUCCGCUCCCCUCACCGUCGCCACCACCCAUGCCGAAUCAGAACUCUCUUUUUUCAGUUUCUAUUAUCGCAUUUUCACGUUCUC